GAUAUUCCCGCUAUUAAAGUGAUCGGAAUUCAAGUGUGUCAUGUCUCAUCUGCGCUCCGCGCUGGUUUUCAAGUUUGGCGAAUAGAAAAAGGGAAAGAAAACAAAAGAAAAAGAAGGAAAAAAAUGAAUGAUACAAGCUGCUUCUAUGAUAUCAUCAACAUCAAGUUACCAACUUACCGAACCAUCAUGGUUGCAAGCUACGUUUUAAACUCGCUUGUUUCUCUAUCAUUGAAUUCUUUGGUUAUUCUGACAAUAUGGAAAACGCCCACACUUCAUAAGCCUUCUUUUAUCUUACUGGGAMAUCUUGCCUUCACUGACAUGGUCGUUGGAUUGUUUUGUGAUCCAAUGAUGGUAGUUACUAACAUAUCAGCUCUCACGGACUUGGUGCAUGUGUUCUGUUUUACAUGGAUAGCCGGACGUUAUUGCGGAUAUUACAUGGGUGCUAUGUCUCUCUUUACAUUGACAUUAAUAAGCAUUGAUCGAUUGUUUGCUAUAAUCUUAAAAACCAGGUACAGGAGCAUUGUCACUUCUAAAAGAAUAAYUAAGAUUUUGAUCGCCUGGUAUCUGGGAACARGUUCUGCCGCCUUUUGUAUCAUGUUCUUUCAGGCACCUCUUAUCCCCUCAGCGAUAUUUGUUUGCUCCUAUAUUUUCUUGUCGCUUGUGAUCAUCACAUCUUGUUAUGGGAUUUGCUUUUAUAAACUGAAAAAACUUGCAUCUCCAAUUAUUCCUAAGUCGAACCGAAAGCAGGAUCAGUCGACACGUAAAAACGACAACAAUGGAUUUCACGUUCAAACUUAUAAAAGAUCUUUAAAAACUAUGCUUCUUGUUUUCCUGACAAUCAUGAUGUUUUACUUGCCGUAUCUCAUUGGAAUUGGUACAGUGGCGGCAAUUCACGUGCGUUUAGCAAAUGCUGCCCAAAGUAAAUACAGAAUGCUGACUUACCUGCUCAGCACCGGCGGUGAACUAUUGGUUUUUGUGAAUUCGUCUUUGAAUCCAAUAUUGUACUUAUGGAGAAUGAAUGAUCUACGUAAAGCUGCCAUCAUGAAGCUAAAAGCUCUUUUCGGUCAAAGUUCUUCACGCAAUAGCAAUUCUCAGGAGCCCAUGGAAAGGGUAACCUAAAGAAAAUUACAUCGAGUACUUACUAGUGAUAUAAGUAUAUCCAUUUUCUAUAAUUGCAUCAYUUCUUGCGGCUUUGAAGUGACGUUAUUAAUAGUCUAAGGGAUCGAUUGGGUUAGCGAAUAUUGUACCCGUAGCCAACAAUGAAU